UCCACCCUGAAAUUUUAGGGCUCCUGGGCAGCAGCGAUGCGUGCUCUCCUCCGCGCGUGCUCGUAUGGGCGGCAUUUGGGAUCGUCGCAGGCUCUAGCAUUCCAGGCGCGAUUUCUUGCGGAUCGGGGCCUGAAUAGGAAGGAUUACACGGAUCCGGGGUACCAGGCGUCGGGCUACAUCAAUCCUAGCUGGUACAGUAGCACGCAUGAGGGGCGAUUCAAGAAUCCCUACCCUAGGGCGCCGCUCUACUGCGGGAACACUAUCGACGAAGAGGAGCUGGCCAAGAAGAUGAAGAAGAAGAAGCGCAUUGGCGAUGCGCGCAAGCAGUAUGAGGAAUCCAAGGCCAAAUCGGGUGAGCCAGAGGCGCGGGUCUAUAGAUUUAAUCGCGGAGAGAGCGAUCGACGUAGCAGUGAUAGUGGCGAACCAUGGGAGGUGGAGGACGAUGAUUUGCUUGGGCAGCCGCGAAACAGGGAGUUACCUCCCAAAGUCUCUGUUUUGAACGAGGAUACUCCAGAGCUAGAAAUUCUCCAGGAGGAGGAGAAGAAGAAGAAGAAGAAGAAGCCACCCAAAAAAAAGAGGCUUUUCAAGGGGAGGAUCGAGACGGACUAUGCGGAUUUCAACUAUAGUAACAGUGGUUUGGAUGAAUACACCAACAGGAUCAAGGAAAAGGAGGACAACAAGAUCAAGGAACUGGAAGAAUUCCUGGCGAUGAAGAAAGCUCGAGAGAAAAAAACCGAAGGUGAUGGAGAUCAUACCAUCUGACCACCAGAAUACGCUUGGCCGAUUCUCCAGUUAGCAGGGACAACGUCGUAUGCCGUCACAGUUUUUC